CGCGGGCGGAGGGACGCGCGGAGAUGACGCAGGCGGCGCCGGAAGCCGCUCCCCCGUGAGGCUGCAGCCCCGAGCGGCGGCCGCUGGUCCAGGCGCCAUGGCUGCGGAGCGGACCCGGCCGCUGCGAGGCUCCGGCGGCCCGAGCGCGCGUCGUCGCUGCGAGCCCGGCGCGAGGUCCCGGGCCCCGGGGCGCUCGCUCAGGUAAAUUUUUCCAUAACCUUAUGGAGAGAAAGGACUUUGAGACAUGGCUUGAUAACAUUUCUGUUACAUUUCUUUCUCUGACGGACUUGCAGAAAAAUGAAACUCUGGAUCACCUGAUUAGUCUGAGUGGGGCAGUCCAGCUCAGGCAUCUCUCCAAUAACCUGGAGACUCUCCUCAAGCGGGACUUCCUCAAACUCCUUCCCCUGGAGCUCAGUUUUUAUUUGUUAAAAUGGCUCGAUCCUCAGACUUUACUCACUUGCUGCCUCGUCUCUAAACAGUGGAAUAAGGUGAUAAGUGCCUGUACAGAGGUGUGGCAGACUGCGUGUAAAAAUUUGGGCUGGCAGAUAGAUGAUUCUGUUCAGGACGCUUUGCACUGGAAGAAGGUUUAUUUGAAGGCUAUUUUGAGAAUGAAGCAACUGGAGGACCAUGAAGCCUUUGAGACCUCAUCAUUAAUUGGACACAGUGCCAGAGUGUAUGCACUUUACUAUAAAGAUGGACUUCUCUGUACAGGGUCAGAUGACUUGUCUGCAAAACUGUGGGAUGUGAGCACAGGGCAGUGCGUGUAUGGCAUCCAGACCCACACUUGUGCAGCAGUGAAAUUUGAUGAGCAGAAGCUUGUGACAGGCUCCUUUGACAACACUGUGGCCUGCUGGGAAUGGAGUUCCGGAGCCAGGACCCAGCACUUCCGGGGGCACACAGGGGCGGUGUUUAGCGUUGACUACAAUGAUGAACUGGAUAUCUUGGUGAGUGGCUCUGCAGACUUCACUGUGAAAGUAUGGGCUUUAUCUGCUGGGACGUGCCUGAACACACUCACCGGGCACACGGAAUGGGUCACCAAGGUGGUUUUGCAAAAGUGUAAAGUCAAGUCCCUUUUGCACAGCCCUGGAGACUACAUACUCUUAAGUGCAGACAAAUAUGAGAUCAAGAUUUGGCCAAUUGGGAGAGAAAUCAACUGCAAGUGUUUAAAGACAUUGUCAGUCUCUGAGGAUAGGAGUAUCUGCCUGCAGCCAAGGCUUCAUUUUGAUGGCAAGUACAUCGUCUGUAGUUCGGCACUGGGUCUCUACCAGUGGGACUUUGCCAGUUAUGAUAUUCUCAGGGUCAUCAAGACUCCUGAGAUAGCAAACUUGGCCUUGCUUGGCUUUGGAGAUAUCUUUGCCCUGCUGUUUGACAACCGCUACCUGUACAUCAUGGACUUGCGGACCGAGAGCCUGAUUAGCCGCUGGCCCCUGCCAGAGUACCGGAAAUCAAAGAGAGGCUCGAGCUUCCUGGCGGGUGAAGCGUCCUGGCUCAAUGGACUGGAUGGGCACAAUGACACGGGCCUGGUCUUCGCCACCAGCAUGCCCGACCACAGUAUUCAUCUGGUGUUGUGGAAGGAGCACGGCUGACGCCACGCGCUGGCCACCGCCGACUGUGGGUGCCGGGGCUGCGGGGUUUCAGUGCGACCUCUGGCAGCCGACUGCAUGAACCAAAGCUCUCACCUAACGGUAUCGUCGCGCAGUGCACAAUCAUUUAUCUGUGUUUGCCAGGGGGCCAGGGCUCGGGGCGGGGGAGGGCUUGUUUUCUUGACACACAGCACAGCAUGCUAACGGGGUACACCAUUGACUUCAUUUGUACUUAGUUACGUUGGUCAGUAUAAGAGGAUGCAUUGAGGGUUCAUCUUUCUUGAAUAUUGGUUUUCAGUAAAGAAAGUUAAAUGGUUCAUUAACCUGCUCAUUGGUUGCCUAUAUAUAAAAACACAUCAGUCUAUUAUUAAAGCUUUUACCAUCGCCUUUUUUCUUUUGAAGUUGAAGCAAAGGUGCUAUGAUGUUCCAGCAACUUCUCUCACAUGGGGCUUAGCUUUUAUAACAGUCAGUGUUACAAAGACCACUGAGUCCCGUGACAUUCAUAAACUCUCCACCAAAUACCAGUUCUAAAGAAGGUCUGUCUUCCAGGACAAAGCAAGUUCUAUAAAUUGAUUGUUCACAACACAGUCUAAACCCUAGUACUUGGCAGAGUCAAGGUUGGCCAUGUCUGAGAUAUAAGGCAUUUCUGUAGUUUUUGUUUCUGCAUGGAGCGAGCUGAGCCUCGGUCCCUGCCGCCUGGGUGAGUGCACAAGGGGGAUGUGAUGUAGUAGAAAGAGCACAGAGCCUGAAGAUUGAGGACCAGCUCUGUUACCCAGGGUCCCUGCAGCCUCGGUUUAUCACUUCCCUGGGCCCCUUUUUCCCUGUCUGUGUAGUCAGGUGUUAAGCUAAGUGUUUUCUAAACUUUGGGUCCUGCGUCUGCUGACAUGUGGGCAAAAGUUGAUAAUUCAGUUUUGUCCCAAUUCAUUAUUUCUUUUGAGUUGAAGAAAAUAUUGAAAUGAAAUCAUUGGGAAAAAAAAAAAAAGAAAUGAAAUCAUUGGCACAAAGUUAGUAUUUAUAAGCAAACCAGAUAUAUGAAAAGGAUAGAUAAAGAAGGAAUGAGGAAAAUAUAACAGAUUCCACCUAGAAAAAUGUUAGCGGGUGGAUGAAAUGCUAAGGGGAAUCAUGGUUCUUUAGGCAGAAUGGGCGGUCUUACAAAGAGAGACACCUGAACUUGAUUUUUCUUGCUCCUUUGCCUCUAGCCUGAUGUGUGGCUUCAGGCAGAUUAACUUUCUAUCCCUGGACCCUCAUUUUCUCCAUAUUAAAAUGGAGGAAUUGCCCUAGAUUAGGGUUCACAAGCUCAGAUGCAGCCAUGCACAUGACAUAAAUGAUUGAAGCGUGUUGGACAGGGUUGUGCUGAAUCAUGAAAGGCCUAUCUAAUGGGGCAGUUACUCAGCUCUAAGUGUUAGGUAGAGGUGAGCCCAGUGGUGGCAGGUCUUAGGAUUUUUUUCAGGAGGAAGUGGAAAUCAGAUUUUUGCUUGAAAUCUCCUGAUCUUUAAAAUGUUGACAGCUAAUUGAGGAUAGUUUAAAAUACAGUGAGCUAAACAAAGUUUGUCUAUGAGCUGCCAGUUUGUAUCCUCCACCCUCUCAUUCUUGUGAAGUUAUGUAUUUCUGAGAUCGGCAAUGGGAGUAUUUGAACAUUAAUUGUCACACACAUUAGGGAGAGACUAGAGGGAGCUAGCCCCAGGACACUUCAGCUAUUUACAGGAAAUGAGGGGGCAUAUUUCAUCUGCACACAACAGAAAAGUAGUUGAAGAUGAACACACAAACUGGAACCCAGUUGUAGCCUCUGCCUGGGAGUAUGAGUGACUCAUUCUCGCUGGUGUGAAUAUAAAGCAUACCCACUUCGCAGGUGGGCAGAGGGCUUGCUGGCAGAGCUGAGGAGGAAUCCAACCCCGGUGGGGACCCAGCUGUCCAGAAUCCACAGGAGCACCAAGCCUGACAGGGGACCUCUGAAUGCCAUGAAGUUAAUACUCUAGGGGAUCGGUGGUCAGUUUUCAGGACAGGUGUAGGGGACUCCUAGGGGAUUAGGCAAGAGUACUGUCUUCUCCGUCCCCAGUCCAUCUCAUGCUAAGUUGUGUGUGUGAGCUCCGCUCGGUCUUCCAAGAAAUAGAACCAGAACUGCAGCUGGAGUCUGUUUUGCAGGAGCUUCAGGAGACAUGGGCAGUGAUGAAGGCGGAUGCCUCCUCCUCUUCCUCCGACCUGAACAGAUACCUGAGGUCACUGAUCUGAUGACCAUCCCUACUCCCACCUCACUUCCAGAUAUAUCCAGCAAUUUUCACAGGGAAAGUCAUUAUAGUUGUUUGUGGAAAAGGUAUUUUUGAAAAUGACAAACCUGGAACUUGUAUGGCACGUCCUAUUUCAGUUUUCACUGGGUACCGAAGUUACCUCCGGGUGGUGGCUUCCUGCAGCCGAUUUGACAGCAGUGAGGCAGUGGUUGCAGUGAGUCCUCCUCACAGAGGCCUUCGUUUCGCCCGGGCAUUUUAUUUAAUUGCUUUAUAGAUGCUGAGUUUAUUCAUACAAGUGCCAGCUUUUUAAAAAGUGAAAUGCUAACACAUCCUUAAAAAAAUGGAGGGUCAGUGAGAGAAGUGGUUAGGGGAUAGCUAAGCUGAGUGAUGUAGUCCCCUUCCAUGCUCAGGGGCCAUACCCGCUGACUUCUGCUUCUUUAGCUCAGACAGGAGGAAAUUGCCUUUUCUUCCCUUUUUUUUUUUUUUUUUUUUUUUUUUUUUGUGAAUAUUCUCAUUCCCAAAAAAUUCAUAAAGUCAUGAGCAGAUAACUUCUAUCUUUUUUUUUUUUUUUCCUUUUUUAAUGGGCAUUGGAUUUCUUGAGUGAGGAUAUGUGGUGGAGGUGAAGGGCUGGCUCCUCUCUGCUUAGGCUCGUAAGGGGCACAGAAACAACUUCAGGCUCCAGGGUGAGGAUGGGGGUCUGGGAAAGCUGAGUGGUGGGAGGUUGUAACAUUCCAAAGGGAGCUAAUUUCCUCCAGCCCCAUUACUUGAAGUAGUAAGUCAAAUUUGUCAAAACUGGCCCAAAACUGACCUUUAGACCAAUCGGAGAGAUAGGAAGAAAGACUUUAAGGGUUGAGGCUAGACUGAAAAGUUCCACAGGAAAGGUACCCAGGUUUGGAUAGCUUCUCAUUAGUGGAAGGUAGAGGAAUAUUGCUAUUAAAUUUUAAGGAUUGUACUUCUUUUUUCAUAGUUAAAAAAAAAAAAAGAUCAUUCUGGCCAUUGCAGACACAUAGUAAAGCAUGAGUGAGGAUUAUGUAAUCAUUCUAGUGUGUGUUCUCAGGAGAGUGAUUACUGCUCUGCAUUUAUAAAACAUCUUAGGGAGAAAAAUAUUUUUGGAAACAGUAUUAUUUUAGACAAGAAGAAGUUGUUUGUUAGGUUAGGCAUUUUGACGUAAUAGAAGUAGCUAAGGAGGGUGGAGCAGGGCUUUAUUUACAACCUUGCUUUGGCCAAACCCAGCCAGCCCCCUGAAGCUGUGUGCCCUGGCUUCUUGGGAACCUAGAGGUGAAUCUUCGCUAUAACUACCAGUCUCUGGGCCUCCUCCUCUGGGCCUCUUGCAGGCCGAGGUGGCCUGCAAGUGCCUUUCUCAGCAGGAAGUGUGCAGAAUCAGAUCACUGCUCUAGGAUGCAGGCCGUGGCAGGGCACAUGGUCACCCUUGCCUUUCGGGGUGGGGAAGUUCUUUAGGUCUGGACCCUUGACACAGACUUCCUACCUGGUUAUGCUGGUGCUUGCUAAGGUAUUUUUAAGACAACCAAGACCCCCUUGAGAAUUAUGCAGUCCCCGGCUAGAGCAUCUGAUGAUGGAAAGAGCAAUUAGCAUUUUUUAUAGAAAUGCCCACUAGCCAUCUUUGACAUUGUCUCAUCAGAGGUUCCUUUGUGACUACUCUAGGAAAGUGAGGGUUUUUUCCAGAAUAAAUCCUCCAGCAGAGUCCUGGAUAGUCUUUGCACCACUCCCUAAUCACGCUCAAUGCUCAUGCUCAGUGCCGAUGAAUGUUUGCUGUCAAGUUGUUUCAAUGUGUUUCCCGUCUUCCCUAUCGGGGAGCUGUAGUUGCUUAGUAUCACAGUCCUGAGGAGUGUAACCCCACUGGAUUAUUGCAGUUGAAAGAACCCAGCUACUACUACUCUUCAUGAAUGUGCUCAGAUAAAAAUGUCUUUGCAUAUUUAAACCGGGAAAAUUAUUAAUUCAGAUGACUGAUGCUCACAUAUUGUGUCCUUGUAUUCACAUUGUGAACAGACAUUUUACUAAUUUAGGUUUAGUACUCUUGAUGGGAAUGCUCAGGUUUGAAAAAGACUGGUCUCACCAACAUCUAUGGCAGUGUGGUAAAAAAAAAAUAUGUAUGAACUCUUGUUUCACUAAUUUGAUGUAUGUUGUGAUCUAAGGAAAAGAGGUGAAGUCUCUAUCUGAAGGGCUUGUGGGGUGGGGGGAGAAGGGAUUGCUUAAGCAGAUAGUGCAGCGAACGUGGGACAAGAAGUCUCUAAGACGAGAAGGUAUUUUCAUGCAUCACGGAAGCAUUCUUCUACCACGGGUGAUUGUGCUAACUGUAAAUCAUCGGUAUCUAUACAUUAAGGCAGGUUCUCAAUUAGGCAACAUUUGGUUAGUCAAGUCCAAGUUAUUGUUUGUACUUGAAAGUAAUAAAGCUGCAUUUCCUUAAAAAUAA